UUUUCCACAUUUUUAUAUUUUGGGAGUUUUUUGGGAUGGUAUUUUAGCGUUUGGUAUUACGAGGUGCUCACCCAUACACUAAUAUUUUAUAUACUUAAAUAUUUAUUUUUUUCCUUCCUUCAAGUUAUUCACACUUUUGACGUUUCAAUACUUUUUUUUAAAGUUUUUACUAUUUUUAAAAAAAUAAACUUUGUAAAAUUAUUUUGAUGAUUUCGCUAUUGUUUUACUUUUGUUUUUUGUCAUUAAUUACCUUUUUUAAUUUUCUUUUUUCGCUUAUUUUUUUAGUCAUUUUUUUACAAAAACACUUCAGCAAUCAUUUCUUCAAUUUUCUCUGCUUACUCAAAUGACAGACAAUUCUGAAGUCAAAAAUGAGAAAAUGGUUCAGCCUGAAUAUGUGAUUGUAGCAAAAAGCCUGGAUGAAGAGGCUGAAAGAAUUGAAUUACCUGCGGAUCAGGAUGGAUCGUUGGGAAUCCAAACACUUGCUGGUGCGUUCCCUGGAGCACAUGGAUUGAAGUACAAGAACCCUGCAACUGGGGCUUUUCGAGCGCUUUUGAUUGAUCCUGCUGGAACGAAAUUUUUUCCACCAGCAGAUGGUUGGGAAAAUAAAGUGUUUAUUGUCAUUUGUAAACAGCAAGAUCCAGCACCAGAAAAAGUUCAGCCCAAGAAAGGUGAUCAAAACGCAAAGCGUCGGAAAUUAAUGGUUGAAAGUGAUGAUGGUGAUUCUCAUGAUAGUGAUAGUGAUCGUCCACCUGGUGAAAAAUUGCGUAAUAAAAGUAGUGGUGGAGGUGGUGAAACAGUUAAGCGUCAAAUUGGUGUUUCUAAACAAAAACGAAUGAUGGGAAGUGUUGAUAAUGGUAGUAGUGGUGGUGGAGGAUUAAUAAAUAAAUAUGAUAAUUAUCCUGUUGAAUAUGUUGAUGAAAUGUGUGAAGAAGAACAAAAUGUAUUAAAUUUUCCAAAUAGAAUGGUUGAUUUACUUGUUCUUGGACUUCCGUUUGAAUUGACUGAAGAAGAAUUAAAAAAACAUUUUGAAACUUUUGGAAAAGUUGUUCAUUGUGAGGUAAAAAUACAAAAAGGAUCAAACACGAAUCGUGGUUUUGGUUUUGUUCAGAUGAAUGAUUUGGAAUCUCAACGAAAAGUUUUACAACAAAAAACACAUUAUAUUGGUGGACGUGCUUGUCAAGUCAAAGUUCCAUUUACUAAAAAUGCCCUAUCUUCCAAAGUAUUUGUUGGACGAAUUAAAGAAGGAACUACAACAAUGGAUUUACGUGAAUUUUUUGCUGAAGAGGCACGAAAAAUUGAACCAGAUUCAACUAUAACAGAUGUUUAUAUUCCUCGUCCAUUUCGUUCUUUUGCUUUUGUCAGUUUUUCAUCACCAAUUGUGGCAAAGGAAUUGAUAAAGGUUGGACAAUUUACUAUGGGUGAAAAUCAAAUUUAUGUAUCGUCUGCUCAUAGUACACGGCCACCAAACACUACACAACAACAACAACUGGUUGACAAUUCUUUGUCAAGUUAUCAACAUCCUUUUAAACCAAAUGCACAGAAUUUUUUCACUGAUUGGUAUGGUUCACAUGCAGGAGGAGCACAUGGAGGAGAUUUAACAGGAACUCCUUCUCUUGCAAGUCAAAUUGUUUCAUCAGCAAAUUUACCACUUUAUCCAAGCCAUGCUUCAAUGUUUACACAAGCAUAUCAACAACAACCAGUUUUUAUUGGUAGUCAAAAUGCUCCUCCACAUUCUCAUCCUCCACCUGGUGUUGCUCCAGGAAAUCAAAUGUUAAAUCAAUUGGAGACUUUAAAUUUGAAUAAUAUGGGAAUUGGACAUGAAGUUGUAAAUGCUAUAAAGGCUAUAUUUUCGGUAGCUCAACAACAAAAUUCACCAGUUUCUCAACAUUCUCAAUAUGCUGGUCAUCAACAACAUAAAUUAGCUGGUUCAAUUUCACCACCACCAGUAAACCCAAUUCAAUCAAAUAGUAGUGGACGUUAUAUUCCUCCACGUGAGCGUCCAACUCGAAGAGGAAAUGAAAAUAAUGGUAGCGUUGGAAGUGGUGGUGGUGGAGGUGGGAGUAUUGGAAGUGGUGGUGGUAGUGGAUGGCGAUGA